AUGCUUGCUGCCUUGCGGCGGCCAGCGCUUGCCUCGCGCCACACCGCGCUGCCCGCUGGCAGCGCGAGGCUGCUACGCCGCGCCGCGAGCCACGUGGCGCUUCUGGGCUGCGUCGGCUGGUGCUGGGAGCGCGCCGACCGCGCCAUGCACAUCGAGAUGCUUCAGGACAAGCUGGGCGGCGUGGCCACGGUGGAGGCUGCCGUGCUCGGCCAGUCCACGCCGAGCGAGUGCCCUCUGUGCGCUGCUAGCAAUCCUUGGAUCUUGGGUACGAUUGUGAGCGCCGCCGCUCAUAGAGUCAUAGUCCUACAAGAUGUAGGAUUGCGAGCGCUACUGCUCGCAAUCGGAGGCAUGUUGCUCGGAUUGUGA